UUGUCUGUAGUCACAAUGGCGUACACGGUGCUUUGCUAGGAAAGAUUCGGCCCGCCACAAAACCGGUGAAAAGCAUGGUGAAUGUGCUUCGAGGUGACAUCAUAAGAAAACUCCCAAACGGAUACGUAAAAGGAAAACCACUAUCUCAGUUCGAGGCUAUCUCAUUCCGUGAGCAGGCGGUCUCUGGAAUAAACUACUAUAUAAAGGUUAGUGCUGGUUCAGACAGAUACAUUCAUGUCAAAAUCCACAGAAACCGCAAUCACGUUGCCAAGGUGAUGGAUGUACAGAUCGGUAAAACAUUGGCGGAUCCCAUAGCGGCGUUUUGAAUGUUUGAAAUUGUUUCCGAAUAAAGUUUACAACGUGAACAAUUUCAGCAACUUUUGUGCAUGUACUUUCAAAAUGGCAUCAAGUGAAACAACAAUCCUGAAAGUGCUAUUAGAAUACUACAGAUUUUUUUUUCAAUCUGGGGCGUCUUUAUUUUUAAACAUAACACUUUAGAAAAAUUGUGUUGGAACAUAUCCUCUGGGGAAAAAAACCAACAAA